CCCCGCAGCUGUCAACCCAACCAGGACUCCCACGCCGGAAUCUCAUCGAUCCCCAUCGCUAAGAUUCCUCUUUCGCCGUUCAUAGCGACUUACGGCUCUUUUAUAUCAAGUCGUAUUGCGCGCUCGCAGUACCAUGUCACCUGCCCCAAUUACCCAGGAUGCUGCUGCCGCUUCACCGACGACACCCCAACAGCGACCUUCGUCAAGAUCUGCACCACCACAACCCGUGUCUAAGCAUUUCGAUGAUAUCUUUCACGCCAAGUUCAUGCACAUCAUCCAGCAAUGGAAGAAUGACCCUGCGAGAAGCCAGCUGACCCAAAAGGAUCGGAAGUCUUUCAUUGAGACAGCCUAUGUCGACACCGAUGAGAUUUAUUUUGGGAAGCGUCACCUGUCUGACCAAGAAAUCAAGCUGCGCGCUCUCACCAAGGUCUUCUACAAGGUCCUUGCUGAGGAGCCGUGGUCUGAAGAUUGGAUCCGCUCUCCUGAUGUCGAACGCAAACUUUCAAAAUUUGAAAUGCAUAAGGACUCUGUCGCCCUCGCUGCUGAACAUGGUGUAUUCACCCCGCGAGACGCUGUUAAGGCUGCACGAGAAGCUGCGGUCAGACAAGAGGACGCUCUCAAGCAAUCUAACGCUCUUAAGGACCAGAAGAUUCCUCGUGGACCUUGGGAUGACAUAGAGAUCAUUUACAUCGCGGGCACGGUUUCCUCGACAGCUACUAACGCCAUUGAUCGCGAUAGUAUUUAUCCUGUCUCGGUAAGCUCAGUCGCAAACGUCUUACAAAAUCACAUGUGCCGAGACAUGGUGAGACCUUUCUCGAUGGCUGAGAGAUUCAUCAAUUGCACAGACACCAAAGAACUCGAAGAGAUGCGAAAGUUCGCCUGCAAUGUCUGUGACUACGCUCCUCAUCUCCUAGAUAACGAUAAUGUCAGUCUACUCGUUGUAUUGCUCAUCCUGUCGCGAUCCGACUGCUGUAGACGUUGGCUAGCCAACGGCAUUCGGAUCGAGGGGUCAACGAUCAGCCAUCGCAAGGCUGAGUGUAUGAAGAACAAGAUGGGUUGGAGGACCUCUGAAGAAAAGAAGCCGUACGAUAACUUUGCAAGCGAGUUCCAGACCCGUGUCAAGAACGCCUGCUUCCCUGCUCCUCGAGCACAACGCGUUACAAAAAAGCAUCAGCCACGAAAACCAUCGCUACCGGCCAUGCCAGAUACCCCUCCUGUUUACCCUCAACCUGCCAUGGGUAACUGGGCUUCUCCUCAAGUGCGCACAUCUGGAAGUCCCUACAGCUUAAACACAGGGAUCAACAUCUCGGCCCCGAUAAAUACGAGCAUCUACUCUUACCCUCCAAGCAAUCAGCCCCCUCACACAGCGACUGGAACAGGCAGCAACGCUGGGGAGCCCAUGGACCUCUCAUGAGGGUACCGAGGCGGGAAUCUUUCUUCUUUUCUUCUUAAUAAUAGAUCGCAUCAGUGCGGCGUUUGGUCACAGUUCCAUGCUCGCAUCAACAGGGCACCAGCGCGAUAAAAGCGGUGUUUUAGUUUGACGCAUGUUCCCAUUAGCGGCAGUACUCGGGCUUCGGCUUUGAUUUGGAAUUUAGCGACAUCACAAGGUGCAAAGGUCUAAGAUUUAUCAUGUAAAUAUCAACAAAUGUAUAUCAAUCAUCAC